ACUCCCAAGUUCACCUUCCUCUGCCUGUAGAUCUUCUAGAGUCCCGUAUACGGUUUCGUCUUUCGUGUCCCACUUCCAUGGCGGCGGCGGCGCAGCUGCACGGAUCGGCUGCGGCCACGGUGGCAUAUCGCGGGACUCGAGCCUACUCAGUUCCAUCCUCAUGCCGGUGGCCGCAGUCUGGUUCCCCGAAGCUUUCGAUUUCUACAAGUGGAGUCAGUAUGAAGCCAUUUGGCUUUGCUGCUAAACUUUCAACAAAAUGUGCAAAUGAGAAUGCUCGAGUUGAAGAAUUAGAUUUGAGGUCAGACCAGAUGAAGGAAUUACAGGUGGAGGAGCAGGUUAUUCCCCAGAAGAGGAGUGCUAAAAUCCAUGACUUCUGCCUUGGGAUCCCUUUUGGUGGUCUUUUAUUCUCUAUGGGGCUUCUAGGAUACAUCUUCUCCAGAAGCACCAUAAGUCUUGUCUUGGGCAUUGCACCAGGGCUAGCCACUCUGCUACUUGGCACUCUCAGUCUGAAGUUCUGGAGGAGCGGCAGAUCCAGCUUCCUGCUUAUCUUGGCUCAGGCAGCAAUUUCUGCUUUCCUGGCAUGGAAAUACUCUCAUGCUUACUUCUUGACAAAUAGACUCCUUCCUUGGGGCUUCUACGCGUCACUGAGCACUGCAAUGGGUUGUUUCUACGCCUAUGUGCUACUUGCGGGAGGAAAUCCCCCGCCUAAGAAGUUGGCAGCCAUUCCACCGCAGUAGGAAGAGCCGAAGAGGGAUUCGGUUUAGGAUCAGCGUGCGUUGACCCUUCGCUCCAUAGUAAAAUUUUGAUUGUCUUCCUAAGUAUAUUCUGCAGCCUUUGUACACUGCUGGCUGGGCCUUUGUUUUUUCGAUCCUGGUAGCCUGAAAUUUUGAGCAAAUAAAGAUCCAGAGGACAAUAGCCCUG